GCGGAAACACAGGGCGGGGCUUCCUCAACAAUAUACAGCAAGAGCGUCAUUACAACAUUAAACAUUGUGCUAUUUUUAUCCAAGGUUUUUAUGAUAACAUCUUUUAAAAAUGCAGUGAACAUUUUAAACACGUUACAAUACUUCAUAAACGUGUGCAGUUGGGCACAGCAGUGAACCGGCCUGAGCUGUCGAACCAAAGAACAGGACAAACGAAUCACUGCGAGAGGACAUUCUUAAGAAACCAGUGUAAUCAGUCAUGGAGGGUCUCUCUCGUGCUAACAGUCUCUUCGCUCUGGAUCUCUAUCGGACUCUGAGCGAGAGCAACGCUGAGGGAAACAUGUUCUUUUCCCCACUGAGCAUCAGCGCAGCGCUCAGCAUGGUCUACUUGGGAGCUCGAGGAGACACUGCCAAAGAAAUGGAAAAGGUUUUGUCCUUCAGUUCUGUGUCUGAUGUUCACUCUCAUUUUGAGACCCUCACCUCAACUAUCAACAGUCCAUCAGCCUCCUACAUCCUCAAACUGGCCAACCGCCUCUAUGGAGAGAAAACCUUCGGCUUCUUACCUGAGUAUUUGGACUCCACUCUGAAGCUGUAUCACGCUGAACUUCAGGCUGUGGACUUCAUUGGAGCAUCUGACGAGUCACGACAGCUCAUUAACAAAUGGGUGGAAGAGCAGACAGAGAAUAAAAUUAAAGAUCUUCUUCAGCCUGGUGUGAUAAAUGGGCUGACCCGACUAGUUCUGGUUAAUGCCAUCUACUUCAAAGGGACCUGGAUGCACACAUUUGAAGCAUUAAACACUAGAGAAAUGCCAUUUAAAAUAAACCAGAAUGAGCACCGGCCUGUGCAAAUGAUGUACCAGAAAGAAAUGUUUCCCUUCAGAUACAUCCCAGAGUAUGAACUGCAGGUGCUGGAGUUACCAUAUAAACAGGAGGAGCUCAGCAUGUUGAUCCUUCUUCCAAACGAAACUCAGGAUGGCUCUGACCCUCUUCUGACGCUGGAGAGCGAGUUGACGCUUGACAAGCUGCUUGACUGGACCAAAAGAGACAAAAUGGCCAUGAGGAUGGAUAUCGGAGUCCAUUUGCCAAAGUUCAAGCUGGAGGUUGAGAGCUCCCUAUCAGAAGUAUUGCAAGAGAUGGGUAUGAGCUCUGUGUUCCAGGAAACAAAGGCUGAUCUGACAGGCAUGAGCAGUCAGUGUGGGCUCUUCAUUUCAGCAGUGAUCCACAAAGCAUUUGUUGAGGUGAAUGAGGAAGGCACAGAGGCAGCAGCAGCCACUGCAGUCAUUGUAGAGUGUGACUGUUAUGUCCAAUUUCAAAGCUUCACAGCAGAUCACCCCUUCUUGUUCUUCAUCAGGCACAACCCCACUAACAGCAUCCACUUCCUUGGCCGAUUCAGAGGUCCAUCCUAGAAAAAACAUUUUUUCUAUGUAACACGCAAAUGAAGAAAAGUGUGAUUCUUUGAAUGUUUAUUAAAUGAUUAUCACACCAUA